GUGAAAAUGGCGUUGCGCACCUCUGGACAUUUAUUGCUGGGCGUGGUGCGUAUUUACUCCCGGAAAGCCAAAUAUUUGUUAGCUGAUUGUAAUGAGGCCUUUGUAAAGAUUAAAAUGGCCUUCAGGCCUGGAAUGGUGGAUCUUCCUGAAGACAUCAGAGAAGCAGCUGUCAGUGCUAUUACUUUACCUGAAGUAUUUCAUGAUUUUGAUACAGCUAUGCCUGAACUAAAUGAUGUGGACAUACAGGCACAAUUUACUCUGAACCAAUCGAGAGCAGAGGAGAUUACUAUGAGAGAGGACUAUGGUAAUAUCUCCUUAGUUACAGGGGAUGAUGGCUUUGGUGAUAUGGGAUUUGAGGAGCCACCAGAUAUAAUGAGAGAUGCCUCAGCCAUGGAUCAAACACUUGACCAUCCCAAUCUUAUCUUCGGGGAUAAUACACCCCUUGACAAGGAGAAGGAACCUAAUGCCGUCAAAGAACAGGACUCGAGAUUAUCAACAGCAAGAGCAGAUACAUCUGCACUAGACCUAGAGGCUCCAAUAAGAGACGAUGGGUUUGGUGGCAAUUUGGGGCAAGAUAUUAUUGCUGGUGGACUAUUUGAGGGUGGUCUCUUUGAUGACACCCCUAUUGGGGAUGGCCCAAGUCUGGAUGAACCAAAAGAGGAGAGACAUGAUGAUACAGAUGAUGAUGUUGGAGACUUGGAUAGAUUUGGUGGGCCCCCAUCUGUUGGACCACCCAGCUCAGCAGAUGGCUCUCGUCCAUCAUCCCCUAAACCAGAAGCUCAAGACCCAGUUGAUCAACCUGAUGCUCCUCCAGAAGAAAAUCAGGAGGCUGCUCCAUCUGCUGCAAAUGAUGAAACACUUGCUGGCCAUGAACAGACGACAUUAUUGCAGAAUGAAGAAGAAAGCUUUGCAUUAGCCCCAGUAGAUGCAUCAGCAAUAAAGUCAGGCUGGCCACGUGCUAAAAGGAAGAGGAAGUUGAUUGUGGAUGAAGUGAAGAAUAUAUCUGGGGAAGAGAUGAAGGCUCAGCUUUCAGACACCACAGAUAUUGUAACAACAUUAGAUCUUGCUCCACCAACAAAACGUCUUAUGCACUGGAAAGAAACAGGUGGAGUAGAGAAGUUGUUUGCCCUGCCUGGUCGUCCUAUUUAUGCUCGGUCAUUGGCUCGCAUGUAUCAGAGGCAUCUAACAUCUGAACCUGCUCCAAAUGAAGACAUUGGAAUGGCAGGAGACAGGGAAUUGGAGAACCUCAGCUUGGAAGUGGUUCGCGAAGCUGAAGAUCCAGAGACACCAGGGGCACCCAAAACAAGAGCAAGACAAGCCAAGAGAAAACAGCCUGAGCCAGAUCCAGAAGAGGAUGAAGAGUUGCAAAUUCUGAAUGUGCCAUCAAAAACUCGAGAAGCAAUCCCAGAAAUAUUGUCACCACAAGCUCCUCAAACCCCAGCACCACCCUCACUAGCACCACCUGCAGUUGAAGAACCACAACCUACACCUCAGCCACCACCUGUGCCCGAGAUAAUCACACUUGAAGAGCAGCCUGAAAUUAACCCACCACAAACUCCAGCUGUUAAUGAACCAGUACCCACAAAUCAAGAUUUGAAUGUUGACCAAACAUCAGCACCAAAUGCAUCCUUUCGAAGUCCAGCCCAACCACAGGUGGAGAGCGUUGAUGCAAACCAGACUCCAGCGCACACCACACCAUUCCGGAGUCCUAUGCACGCUGAGAUGGAGAAUUACGGAUACAUGGAGACUCAGCCUCCUUCGGAGAAUCCUGGAUAUGAUGGGUCACAUCCUCCAGCCAACACUCCUGGUGGCAUGUCUGAUGGUGGGCCUCGAUCUAAUUACUCAGAACGUCCUAACACUCCAACUGUAGUAAUGAGGCAGGAGGAGGAGGAAGAGGAGGAGGAGCAAGCAGAUGAUGAAACUUAUGAACAGUUUGAAGAAAGAGUGGUGAACAAAAGAGCUGGCCAGAUGUUCGUUAGCAUUAAGAGGAGGCUAAGACAUAACAACAUUCUCUUCUCUGAUUUAGUACACAAUAAUAAUAGAAAACAGGUGGCACAGAAAUUCUACACUAUGUUGGUAUUGAAGAAGUUGCAAGCUGUAGAACUUUCACAAGAAGGGCCCUUCACAGAAAUGUUUAUAAGUAAAGGUAUUUUGUUUGAGAAUGCUUCCCUGUAAUUACAACCUGUGGUUCUUAAAAUGUGUUGUAUAUUGUGCCUAAAAAGGACCAAGAAGCUAUUGUAAUAUUGUGCCUGGAGAAUUUUAUGAUAUGAAUGUUUAUGCAAUGUACCUGUUUUCAUGAGAGAUCCAAUAUAGAGACUGACUCAUAAGAGAGGACUGUAGAAUGUGAAGAAAUUUUAUGAACAGCUAUUAUUUAUUUGGAGGGGGGGUUGUUGCAUUCAUCUUACUCUGCAGAUAAUGUUGUUAAUGAUAUGCUUAAUCAAGAUUAAAUACUGUAGUUAUUCAAUUUUCUAAAUGGGGCAAAAGCUUAAUUACAUUUUAUGCAUGAGUAUUUUCUCCUGACCUGAAAUUUAAGAUAUUUGUGAUAAUUGUUGGAACAUAAGUAAAGCAAAUUUGUUAAAAUGUAAAAAAAAUGGAUUUGGUAAUUUUUACAUAUUGUAUGUUCAAUGCAAUAAUUAUAUUGUGAACUGGUCACAAAGCCUUGAAUUUUGUAUACUGUUAUACAAAAUAUUUGUUUCUUAUAGUAUUGAGGUCAGUUGUGAUCUAUGAGGUAUUUAUCUGAAGUUACUAGCAAGCAUGUUAAGGGUGAUUAUUUUAAAAUAUCCAAGCUUGAUUUUUAAAAAUACUGUUUUAUUUAGCAUUGUUUCAUAGAUAUCUUUAAAAUGUCAAGUCAUUGUUUUGCUAUAUCUGAUUAUUUUCUAAAUAGGUUUUCUUUAUUUUUUAACUAAAAGAAAGUCUGGAAUUAGAAACUAAAAAAAAAAAAAAAAUGUCUGAAUAUUUUCCAUAUAUUCUUGAUGAAUGGGUAAUAAUGAUAUUGAUCUCUUGUUAACAAAUUUUAUAUAGCCCAUGCAUUGGGAAACUACCAUUUGUGGUAUAGCUAAGUGACUUUAAGUUAAUCCCCUUUAAUUUUUUGUGCUGCAGGAAUUUAAAGAAAUUAUUCUCUUUUAGUUUAUAGGUCUGAUUAUAAACAAUAGCUGACUGUGGCAGAGGAUGUGGUUUUUGCUUUUGAUAAAACACAUUGUAUUUAGUAUUAAGAUUGAACAGUUUGUUAACAAAAUCAUUAAAACGGAUAUGGCAAAUGAGCAGAAUGAUAUUACUCUUUACACUCUCAAAACUCUCUAAUGUGCUGAAGGUGUUCUUCAGUCAUUUGUUUUUGUUUUAAAUAGCAUAUGCACUUCAUCUUGCAUGUAAUGCGGUACAUGCACAGACGAUACAGAGCAAAGUGUGUAAUGAAGUACAAAUCACAGAUAUUGUUUCCUGUAUGCAUAGUAAAAGCAGAUUUCUCACUAGCAUUGCAGUUGAAGUAGCCUCUUGUCCAUAAUGUUAGAUAAAGUUUAUAUUGAAAGACGAGGGCUUCUCUAAGUUGCUGGUUAGAUAUCUGGUAAUACAAUAGUUAAAUUUAUAUUAAAAUAUGGAGGACUUUUCUCCUCUGCUGGUUAAAUGUCUUUGAAUAUUAAGUGAGUAUUAUAUACAUGAUUUUGUCAUGGUGAUUAAUAGCAUUGAGAGUGACUUUUGUAUGUGUGUAUAAGAGGAUAUGUAUAAAGUAUGAAUGUAUUGUAGAAACAUCUUAAUUUUUUUAUUUUAGGUUGGAGGCUGUACAAAGACAUGUCAUUAUUUAAUCCUUUAAAUACAGGAUUGUGAUUGCUCAUUUUUACUGAAUGAAAUGGGUCUUUUUGAUCAUAAUACUGUAUAAGGAUUUUUAAUAGGCAUUUUAUGAGUGAGUGAGUGUAGCAUAAGACAAUGUAUGGAGGAAAAAACCUGUUUUGUUGGCAUAUAAAAGUGGAAAAUUUACAGUGCUUUAUUUUUUAGUGUUAUCAGCAGAUUUGAUGUAAAAAGUAAACAAAAAUUCAGAGUAUUUAUAGAAAAUUUUAUUAAAAGUACACAAAAUAAUA